CGGCUCUGAAGCGGAGGGGGCGAGUUUGCGCAUGCUCGGUCUGCUAAAGCUGCCGAAGAAAUAGGCGUUGGAAGAAUUCUUGUUAAAGAUUAAAACGACAAAAUGGCAGAAGUGGAAGAAACAUUAAAGAGAAUCCAGAACCAGAAAGGGGUUCAAGGUAUCAUUAUUGUGAACGCAGAAGGCAUUCCAAUAAAAACAACCUUGGAUAAUCCCACAACUGUGCAAUAUGCCGGGCUCAUUCACCAGCUGGUGAUAAAAGCCCGGAGCACAGUAAGAGACAUGGACCCACAGAAUGAUCUUACCUUUCUUCGAAUCCGCUCCAAGAAGAAUGAAAUAAUGGUUGCACCAGAUAAAGAAUAUUUCCUGAUUGUAAUCCAGAAUCCUACAGACUAAGAAGAUGCCUCGUCGUUGUUUGUUAAUAUUUAUGGCCAAAUCCUUCACUAUUUUACGUUUUUUGCCAGUCCCUACAAGGUUUGUUUUAUGCUGCCCAGUGCACCUUGAAUUGAGCAGCAUAAGUGCGGACAAAAUUUAUUUUAAUACAGUUCAAACAUUGUAGCAAUUGCUUUAUUGUUUUUUUCGUAUUUAAUAUGAAACAUUUUUCAUUCUAGUAGUCUUCAGUUACUAGUGGAACUGCAUGAACAGUCACAGAAGAAAAUCAAAUUCAAUCUAAAUUAAAUAAAGCUCUUUGCAAGAAGCCAGCCAAAAGCACAUGCUAAUGAUUUCAACAGUACAGAACAAGCACAUUUCCUCAUUGUAGAUAUCAAAAGUUUGCAUAUGUACACUAGGUGGGAAAAGAAAAGAAAAACUACAUCUUUAGUAUGAAAACAUGACAUGUUUUAAAAAUACCAUUCCCACCUUUUUGCAAGUGGUAGAAUUUACUGAAGAACAGAAGUGAGUGUGUGCUGGCUCUCCAACGCCAUACUAACUUCUCAUCCUCGCCUGGCCUUGAGAGUGACAGCGCGAUGUUUUAGUUUUAUAUUGUGCCUGAUUCUUUGCUGAUCAUCAGUUUACAAUCAAGUGGUUCAGCAUAAUGGGUUUUGUAGAUUUAAGUCAGGGUGGAUGGUACUCUGAAAGGUUAACCCUUUACUGACCAUCUCCUGUACAAACUUAGACGAGGGUCGAUUGCACCAGGAAUGUGCUUUAAUGAACUGCCUUCCAUUUUGUCAUGAUCUAUAAUUGAAAAUGUAAUUUACAUUUGUAGGUUCACUAAUCGUUUUAGUCUGGCAUAUACUGCUAGUUCUUUCCUUGCUUAAACAACUGGAGGGGACAAAAACUUUUGCUAAUUUAUAUUUUUAAACUUAAGUGACUUGUCCAGAUUUCCACGUUUUCUGUUGCUUAUGUCAACAGCAUGGCCCUCAGAAUAUGAAGACUAGCUGGUACGUCCAAUGGGAGCUUACUGGUUAUGGUUUGAGACCUACAGAUGGAACAAACAGCUUGUUGAGGUGGGCAUUAAAAAUGACUCCAGUGUGAUUUGGGGACCACUAAAAUACAGUGGGUCAUUUGCUUAAAUUAAGUUGAAGAAUUAAUAUGAGAAAGUAAACAAGAGGCUUAUUAAACUUAAAUUCUAGAAUGGUUAGGUAAAUAAUUAUUUAAAAUUAAAUUUAUGUAAAAUCCCCAUAAUGUUAAUUUUCUAGUAUGUUAUCCUUUAUAUUGUAAAUUCACACGUGGAAAUAUUAAUACAAGCUACUUAUUUAUGUCUAUAGAUCAUAUCAGCAUGAAUUUGUUUUUUUAAAUGCAUGUUUGGUAUCUGUUGUCAUGCCUUUUCUGUUGUUAGUGAAUUACACAAUUUCCCCUUGUUGACUAGGUAAUUAUUAUUUCAUGUAUGUUGUUUCCUUGUUCUAAAUAAAAAAGCAAGUUAAAAAUUA